AUGGCUCCCCUGGCCUUGGUGGGGUUCGCACUCCUCCUGGGGACUCCCCCAUGCUCCGGGGCAGCCACCCCGACCCCCUCCCUGCCACCUCCCCCGGCCAACGACAGCGAUGUCGGCAGCACGGGGGGCUGCCAGGGCUCCAACCGCUGCCAGCCAGGGGUCCUGCUGCCCGUCUGGGAGCCCGAUGACCCGUCGCUGGGGGACAAAGCAGCGCGGGCCGUGGUCUACUUUGUGGCCAUGGUCUACAUGUUCCUGGGUGUAUCCAUCAUUGCCGACCGCUUCAUGGCAUCCAUCGAGGUCAUCACGUCCAAGGAGAAGGAGAUCACUAUCACUAAGUCCAACGGCGAGACCAGCGUGGGCACCGUCCGCAUCUGGAAUGAGACUGUGUCCAACCUCACACUCAUGGCCCUGGGCUCCUCGGCCCCUGAGAUCCUGCUGUCUGUUAUUGAGGUCUGCGGCCACAAUUUCCAGGCGGGCGAGCUGGGCCCGGGCACCAUCGUGGGCAGCGCUGCCUUCAAUAUGUUUGUGGUCAUUGCUGUGUGUAUCUACGUCAUCCCAGCCGGUGAGAGCCGCAAGAUCAAGCACCUGAGAGUCUUCUUUGUCACCGCUUCUUGGAGUAUCUUCGCCUACGUCUGGCUUUAUCUCAUCCUUGCCGUCUUUUCCCCGGGCGUGGUCCAGGUGUGGGAGGCGCUGCUGACCCUCGUCUUCUUCCCGGUGUGCGUGGUGUUCGCCUGGAUGGCCGACAAGCGGCUGCUCUUCUACAAGUACGUGUACAAGCGCUACCGCACCGACCCGCGCAGCGGCAUCAUCAUCGGCGCCGAGGGCGACCCCCCCAAGAGCAUCGAGCUGGACGGCACGUUCUUGGGCGCCGAGGCGCCGGGCGAGGUGGGCGGCCUGGGCCCGGGGCCCGCCGAGGCCCGCGAGCUGGACGCCAGCCGCCGCGAGGUCAUCCAGAUCCUCAAGGACCUCAAGCAGAAGCACCCGGACAAGGACCUGGAGCAGCUGGUGGGCAUCGCCAACUACUACGCGCUGCUGCACCAGCAGAAGAGCCGCGCCUUCUACCGCAUCCAGGCCACGCGGCUAAUGACGGGCGCGGGCAACGUGCUGCGGCGACACGCGGUGGACGCUUCGCGCAGGGCCACCCUGGCCGAGGGCGCUGGCGAGGACGAGGACGACGGCGCCAGCCGCAUCUUCUUUGAGCCCAGCCUCUACCACUGCCUGGAGAACUGUGGCUCCGUGCUGCUGUCCGUCACCUGCCAGGGCGGCGAGGGCAACAGCACCUUCUACGUGGACUACCGCACGGAGGACGGCUCCGCCAAGGCCGGCUCCGACUAUGAGUACAGCGAGGGCACGCUGGUGUUCAAGCCGGGCGAGACACAGAAGGAGCUGCGUAUCGGCAUCAUCGACGACGACAUCUUCGAGGAGGACGAGCACUUCUUCGUGCGGCUGCUGAACCUACGCGUGGGCGACGCGCAGGGCAUGUUCGAGCCCGACGGCGGCGGGCGGCCCAAGGGGCGGCUGGUGGCGCCGCUGCUGGCCACCGUCACCAUCCUGGACGACGACCACGCGGGCAUCUUCUCCUUCCAGGACCGCCUGCUGCACGUGAGCGAGUGCAUGGGCACCGUGGACGUGCGCGUCGUGCGCAGCUCGGGCGCGCGCGGCACCGUGCGCCUCCCCUACCGCACAGUGGACGGGACGGCGCGCGGCGGCGGCGUGCACUACGAGGACGCGUGCGGCGAGCUCGAGUUCGGCGACGACGAGACCAUGAAAACUCUUCAGGUGAAGAUAGUGGAUGAUGAGGAAUAUGAGAAAAAGGAUAAUUUCUUCAUCGAGCUGGGCCAGCCACAGUGGCUUAAGCGAGGCAUUUCAGCUCUGCUACUCAAUCAAGGGGACGGGGACAGGAAACUGACAGCCGAGGAGGAAGAGGCUCGGAGAAUCGCAGAAAUGGGCAAGCCGGUUCUUGGGGAAAACUGUCGACUGGAGGUCAUCAUUGAGGAGUCGUAUGAUUUUAAGAACACAGUGGAUAAACUCAUCAAGAAAACGAACUUGGCUUUGGUGAUUGGAACCCAUUCGUGGAGAGAGCAGUUUUUAGAGGCAAUUACGGUGAGCGCAGGGGACGAGGAGGAGGAGGAGGACGGGUCCCGGGAGGAGCGACUGCCGUCAUGCUUUGACUACGUCAUGCACUUCCUGACGGUGUUCUGGAAGGUUCUGUUCGCCUGCGUGCCCCCCACCGAGUACUGCCACGGCUGGGCCUGCUUCGGUGUCUGCAUCCUGGUCAUCGGGCUGCUCACCGCCCUCAUUGGGGACCUCGCCUCCCACUUCGGCUGCACCGUUGGCCUCAAGGACUCUGUCAAUGCUGUCGUCUUCGUGGCCCUGGGCACCUCCAUCCCCGACACGUUCGCCAGCAAGGUGGCGGCGCUGCAGGACCAGUGCGCCGACGCGUCCAUCGGCAACGUGACGGGCUCCAACGCCGUGAACGUGUUCCUGGGCCUGGGCGUGGCCUGGUCGGUGGCCGCCGUGUACUGGGCGGUGCAGGGCCGCCCCUUCGAGGUGCGCACCGGCACGCUGGCUUUCUCCGUCACGCUCUUCACCGUCUUCGCCUUCGUGGGGAUCGCCGUGCUGCUGUACCGGCGCCGGCCGCACAUCGGCGGCGAGCUGGGCGGCCCGCGCGGCCCCAAGCUCGCCACCACCGCGCUCUUCCUGGGCCUCUGGUUCCUCUACAUUCUCUUCGCCAGCCUGGAGGCUUACUGCCACAUCCGGGGCUUCUAGGGUCCCCCCCCCCACGAGGGACUCGGCCUGCCCCUCGAGACCACCGCCUCCGUGCUCGACUGGCUCUCCUCUGUUCUCCAGGGAUUCAGCCUCCUCUC